AUGGGCUCGUGCGUCUCGCUCUCGGCGGCGCCGGCGCUGCCGACAGUGGCCACGGCGAAGGUGGUGCACGUGGACGGCUCCAUGGUGCAGUUCGCGACGCCCGUCACGGCGCGGGAGGCUCUCGGCAGCGACGCCACCAGCUCCUCGAGCUUCCUCUGCAGCUGCGACGAGCUUCGAUUCGACGCGCCCGCCCGCGCGCUGGCGGCCGAGGAGGCACUCCAGCCCGGGUGCCUCUACUUCGCGCUCCCCGUGUCCAUGCUCCGCCGCCCGCUCUCCGGGCAGGACAUGGCCGCCCUCGCCGUCAAGGCAAGCUCCGGUUUGGCCGCCGUCGCCAACAGCAGCAAAGGACAGGGUAUGGCUCGAGUGGCGCCGCUCGUCGCCGCCGACGAGGGUGAACGAGACGGCGGACGGGAUCACCACGUCUACGGAAAAUACGGCCCACGCAAGAUGGGUGGUAGUGAUCGUGCGGUCGUGCAAAGGCUGAGCGCCAUUUUGGAAGGCCAGUGAGUCCUGACUACGGCCUGAGUGUGGCCCCAAUAUCGAUUAACCGAUUUAACGGUUACAUUGUUUAGACAGUCUAGUUAAGCAGAUUAUGAGUUGCUGCUUAGUUGAUCAGGUCCAUCGCUCGAUUCCCCAACUGAGGUCUGCAGGAGGAGAUCCGUAUAGUAUGUAUGUACAGCCGUACAGGAUGCUUCGAUUCUUUCAUGUGUAAAUUUUAGGAUUA